UUAAAAUAUUUGACUAUAGCCAGGCCAAUUCCAUACUUGACUGAAUUUUCCCAAUAUUUCAAGUGAUUAAAAAAUAUAUAUUUAGUUUCAGUAAAUACUUAGGUUAACAACAAUUCCACACUUGACUUAAAUUUUCAAAUAUUUCAACUCCCACUUGCCGAUAUGUGAACAAGGUCGUUCCGAAAAUUGGCCCACUUUGGAAGCCAGCUGACAAUUAAGAGUCGACGGAGUCAUACUCUCGAAAUGGGGUCGAAACGCAAUGGAGCAUAUUUUUGGGCAAUUAGAUAGGCAGCUGGAAAAAUUGUGCAUGUGUCUGCAUGUGCAUGUGUGUGUGUGUGCGAGUGUGUGUAUUGGAAACCGUUUCGUGUUUCGAGUUUCGAGUGAUCGCCGCCGUGGCUGUCAUUAAUUCAAUGGCAAAUAAUUCAGGUAAGAAGUGCAGGCGCAAAGUUGGCGCGGCGUGAUAAGGAGGCAGCUUAAGUCAAUGUGCUCAUUUCAAUGGCCGCGGACAGCGGGACUCUAUAUCUCGAGAUGUGCGCAAAAAGAACCGUUUAAAUGUCAAUCCAGAAAUACCAGUUAGAAAAGGUGGUGCAACAGCAGCAGCAACAACAGCAGCAGCGGCAGCAGCAGCAGCGGCGGCUGCAACUGCAUAAGUGCAUAGAAAGAGGAGGAAGAAAUCGCACUUAUAUGUUUAGUCACAUGCCGCAAUGUGUAGCACCAAAUGCUGCCACAGCCUCUGCCACUGCCACUGCCGCUGUCGCUGCUGUUGCUGUUGCCUUCCUGCUAUUUAGGCCAAGUCAAUGCGGGUUCUCAGCCUGUUGUCAUAUUUAACAAUUUAUUUGAUUUCUCGCAAUGCGCACAUGCAACGCAAUAGAAGGACGUCGGCAUUCGCUGAGCUAUGCAGCAGCUGCAUUCGGUUGCUGGCCAACUGCAAUUAGCAAAGCAAUGGCCAAGACAGCCCAAAGGCAGUAGGCAGAGUCAAGUUGAGCUAACUUAAAGUUGGGCUAGUCAAAAUGCAGCCCAAUUUCACUUUCACUCUAAAGACUUUUCUUCUCUUUUUGAUAACAACAGUUAGCCAGGCCUAUCUCUGUAAAAUUCUCAAUCUCAAGUAUAGCACACAUAUGUAGCUCAGUUAAAUUCCUAAAUGGUUUCCACACUCUGGCUUCUGGCUUCUGCAUAUUCACAGCGUCAGAUAUCAGCAGAGCCGAUGAAUACUUAGGCAUCGAAGCAUGCUUUGUGGUUUCUCUGGUUAGUGCUGCGCCUGAAAAUGGGUUAUAAUGCAAAAUAUCUGUCUAUCUGUCUGUCUGUCUGUCUCUCUGUUUGUUUGCUGCCUUUGUUUACAAUCUGUUCCUCAUUUACAUAGGGUCAUGUGUAGGAGCGAGCAAAUGAAUUAAAAUGCUAAUAUCUCCCAUGAGAAGAAGUACAUUCAAAGCAGGCGCAACUACAACAGCAACAGCAACAACAACAAAAGCCCACUAACAUAUUAAGUUAGUCUGCUUUCAUCUCAUGUUUUUAUAAUUUUUAAAGUCAAAUAAACAGGCUCAGAGUGUGAUUAGUGCCGUUGCUUAUAAAAAUGUAUCUAGUUAAUUGUACUAAAUAGAUAAAGUCAUUUGAUGAGAUGAGAAAUAUGAGCUACAAUGUGAUUUAGAACUGCUUUACUCAAGUAGCUCUAGGGAUUAAAGCGAGCAAAUCAACACCUGCUGCGGCAAUAUGUUCUAUAAGAGAAACGAUAUUUAUCGAUAUUGUGCGAUAUAGAUAAUGUAAUGUCAUGUAAAGGAAGUAAAGGCUGGCCCUAUUUUAUUUUAUAAGUGCACCGAUAUUUAUCGACAUUUUGUAUAGAUUUCUAUUCAAGGUUAGCAUUUAGCUGCACUUUAAUAAAAUUCCCUCGCAGAGAUUAAAUCACUUCCAUAUGCAGUCCAAGAUCAUUUCUAUAUAUAAACAUGUGUAUUUAUAUAUAUAUCGACUUUUUUCUUAUUCCCUUUUUUUCGGCCUAUUAAAAAGUUCGACUGCACGUUGCCCCGUCAGUUAUUUUAGUCACACAUAUUAAAAACUUAUCCCAUAUAACCCUCAACAACUUGGUCUACGUCGAUAACUGUCAAUCAGCAGAUGUCACUCGUCAAUGUUGCAUUCGAGACUCGAGUUGCUCGUGUCAUUCCAUAGAUGUCAGCGAGAGAGUUCGUUCAGUUGACUCGUUAGUUGAUUUUGUAUUUUGAGCUGUAGUCAAGCAAACAAUGGACACAACUUGAAGUUAUAUUAAAAGACUUUAGAGAAAGUUAAGAAUUAAGAAUUCUAGCUAAAGAUUAGACAAGAUCAGAUUGAAGCAAUAAUAGUCUAUUUGAUUUUUGAUCUGUAUUUUAUAAAUGAGUCAGGUGAGGUAUUUUAUAGUAAUAAGAACUAUUAUCUCUAUUUAUAUGUAUAAAAAUAUUCACAGGAAUAUAGUUAAUUUUAUUAUAAAUGCUAUAAAGCACUAUGAUCUAAUGAUUUGUAAAUAUCUAUAAGAAAUUAAACUUUUUGCUUUAAGUUUUUCAUCUAAAUAAGCGCUGAUAACUAUACGAACUCGAAAUUCCACUUAUGAAUUAAACUUUUAAGCAAAUAAGUAGCCAAAUAUAGAUGAUAUUUUCCCCUACAUAGGUAACUACAGGCAUUCAACGACUUCAUCCUAAUCACUUUCUAUAGACACAAGCAAGUGUGAAGUGUACAUAGUAGGAGAAUAUUCUACUCUACUUCGAUUUCCAUGUAAUUCCAAAUCAAGAAACACCUGUUUAGAGAAUUAUGGAGUGAAGCUCACAUAGCAAAGCUCUUAGAACUCUAAUUGAAAACAAAUAAAAAUAGUUUGUUCUAUAGAUCCAAGAGCUGUGUAGGGAAGAACAAUUGUCGAUAGAUGCGGAAAGGUCAUUAUACUAUAAUAAGCCUAUUAAGGCUUAUUAACAACAACAACAACAACAACAAGAAACAACUAACAUACAAUUAUGGGUAAUGGUGGUCCCCUGGCUGGGCGCCAGAGCAAUUGAACGGACUAAACGACACCUCAGACACCAGAGCUGGCAUGAAAAGAUAAUUAAAUUAAUACCUCUGCUAUUGUUUUUCUUUAGACUGCCGAGUGGAGUGCGAGAGGAGCACACAAAUCGUACAAAUCGAGAGAACGUGCGCUGCCGCAGUCCGCUGCCGCAGUCCGCUGUCCGCUGUCCGCUGCCCGAAGUCCGCACUCUACGCAUAUUGAGGAAAAUAUUUCCAAUGAAAAACAGCAUACGGCCAUUACGCAGCAUGAGGCCAACGCACUUGCAGCUACUGCUCAUGCUGCUGAUGCUGUGCUCUUCGGGAGAUGCACGCAGGUCGCGCAUUGGGCUGGAGGCAGCUGCAAGGGACAAUUUGGCGGAGCCAGAGAUGGUGCCCGUCGCCAUUCAGCUGGCACCAGCAUCAAUGCCUGAAAGUGACAAAACAAAGAGCACCGACAGCAGCCCAGCCGAUCCCAGCCAGAAGAAUGAUCAAUCAUUGUACGUGGCCAAUGCCAAUGCCAAUGCCAAUGCAGCAACAACACAGACCAAAUUGGCUGGCGAUGCCAGCCACGCAGAGCCCGAUGCUCACGCUGACUAUGACUCGCACUCUGACUCUGACGCACCGAAGCCCUUUUUCAGAGAGGAGCUGUGGCAAGAGGAUGAGCAGGGGGAGAACAGUUCCCUGGCUGGCCAGCCAGAUUAUCAUAAUUACACUUGGAGCGAGGAAUGUGACCCAGAUUUGUUGGGCUUCGAAAUUAUUACAGGCUAUGUUUUCUCCGCACCUGGCCGACUGCUGGACUCGCUGCCGGGCACACUGAUGCUCACCGAUUGCCUGGAAUCGUGUCAGACUAACGAAACUUGCCAAUCCGUUAACUACGAAACUGGAUUAUGCGUUCUAUUUUCAUCGAAUGCUGAUAUUCUGCCCGGUGCCCUCACUAAAUCACAGUUUCCUGUUUUCACAAUUUACGCGCAAAAAACCUGCUUGGGCGUGCGUCCAUGCUCCAGAGCCUGGUGCAUCGAUCGAGUUCAAAACUACAGACUGGAUGGACAUGCAAAACGAGUCGUAUCAGUGACAUCGCGUCGUGAUUGCCUCGAGUUGUGUCUUGGCGAAACGGAGUUCAUAUGCAGAUCUGCGAAUUAUCAUCGUGAUACAAAUAGCUGUACGCUGGCCGAAAUGGAUCGUUUUACUUUGGCCGGUUCGAACGCCUUUCAGGCACAUCCGGGCACAGAUUACUUGGAGAAUAAUUGCGCCGAGGAGCCGAACAAGUUGUGUGAGUUCAAGCGUUUGCCAGGUCGCAUACUGAAAACGGUGGACUCGGUUUAUCAGGAUAUUGGCAGCGUGGACGAGUGCCGAGAGCUGUGUCUCAAUUCGCCAUACAGAUGCCACUCCUACGACUAUGGAGACACCGGCGACAUGGUUUGCCGCCUCUCGCAUCACAGUCGCGCCACGCUCUCCGAUGUGCAGGAUCCCUACCUAGAGGUGCCAGAGGCGGCCACCUAUGAGCUGUCCUCCUGCUACAACGUGACCAUCGAGUGUGGAGCCGGCGACAUGGUCGCUCGCAUACGCACCUCGAAGCUCUUCGAUGGCAAGGUCUAUGCCAAGGGCGCGCCCAAGUCGUGUGCUGUGGACGUGACCAGUGCGCUGGACUUUGAGAUUCGCAUGGGCUACCAGAAUUUGGAGUGCAAUGUGCGUCAAAGCGGUGCGGGUCGCUACAUGAAUGACGUGGUGAUUCAGCACCACGACACGAUUGUCACCUCAUCCGACCUGGGUCUGGCCGUCACCUGCCAGUACGAUCUGACCAACAAGUCGGUGACCAACGAUUUGGAUCUGGGCGUCAAGGGCGAAGUGGAGACGGCACUCUCUGAGGAGGUCAUUGUCGACUCGCCCAAUGUUCUGAUGCGAAUCUCCGCCAGAAAUGGCUCCGAUAUGAUGCGCUCUGCCGAGGUGGGCGAUCCCCUGGCCCUGCAUUUCGAAAUAGCCGAUCAGCAGAGUCCGUACGAAAUAUUCGUACGCGAGCUGGUUGCCAUGGACGGCGCUGAUAAUGCCGAGAUAACGCUGAUCGACGCACAGGGCUGUCCAACAGAUCACCUGAUUAUGGGACCCAUUCUCAAGAGCGAACAGUCUGGCAAAAUGUUAUUUACCAAUUUCGAUGCCUUCAAAUUCCCCUCGAGCGAUGUGGUGCAGUUUCGUGCUCUCGUCACGCCCUGCAUGCCCAGCUGCGAGCCCGUGAACUGCGAACAGGAUGAUAUUACGGCGGAGUUCAGGACACAAACCUCCUAUGGACGCCGACGUAGGCGUGAGGCAUAUGAUCAGGCAGAUCAUCAGCGCAACAGUCGUGAGGUCAGACAGGUGCAAAACAAAACAAAUCAAGAGGAUUUGCUGCUCGUACAAUCGAUACAGAUAACUGAUAAAUUUGGCUUCGUCAAGAGGCAGCAAGAGCAACAGCAGCAAAAGCAGACAAAUAAGCUGAAGGACUACGAUUCGUAUGACAAUGUGCUAUUUGUAAAUGAGGGCGUGGCCGGCCUCUGUUUCGAUGGCAUCGGUUUCAUUGUGGCUGUGACUGUGUUUUUUGUGGCGCAAUUCAUUGUUAUCGCCCUUUGGUCGUAUUUGUAUAGGCGACGACAGGUCCAUCAGCCAUAUGUUAAUCAAUUUCUGAAUGGCGCCACGGACUACAGAGCCAACGGCAGCAACAAUAUCGCGUUCGGCAAAUAAUCUGAUAAGCAGGGCCCAAGCUGGGCAAGCUGUGCAAGGUGUGAGCGAAAAUGAUGUUAGUUCGUAUAUAAUUCAUUAUAUACUGGGGUUUUUACUUUUUGCCUCGAUUGCGGUAAAUGAUGGAGGAAUCGGUGCAAAAUAAUGCAAUAUUCUAGAUCUAAAUAUAUAUUAUUUAAGAGAAAUCAAAUUCUGAAAAUAUUUUAUAAAUAGAAGUGAUAUUUCGAAAUUCUUUAGCAUAAAAUUUUGCAUUAGAUAAAUCUAUAGUAGUUAUAACAAUGAUAAUAAUACAAUUAUAAUGAUUUUUUAAUUUGGAAGAAAAGAUGACUGAAUACACUUGUCUUUUUUUCCAAUAUUUUUAAUGAAUAAAAUAAAAAGCACAGCAAUGAAAAAUAAAUAA